AUGCUAAGUUUGCUGGGAAAAUGGAUUUACGCACAAGACGAAAACGCCGAAAAUUCUCCACAAAAAUGCUUCUUUGCCGAGGCAGAGGAAGGAGAGUGGUUGCUUGUCGACGUCGAACUGACUGAAGAGGAAGUGCUGAUUUUGAAAGACUACGUCGUUAUAAAUGAGCAAAAUGUGGCUUCAGUUAUCACGCAAAAGAAAAAUUGUGGCAUGCGGCCGCCGGGUGGCCCGGUCAAUCAAGGAAACGUCGAGAAAUCUCAGAAAUACUUUCAUGGAAAAAUGAUGUCUCGCCUAGUUCCAAGAAAGAUGAUGGAACCUUACAAGAUUAUGCGACCUUUAAAAUGGAGCAAGCCCUUGGAUGAAAAGUGCAGCGCUUAUAAAUUUAAAAAGAUUAAUUCUUGGUUAGAAAUUUUGUCUUCCAACGUGCCGCGGACCUUGGGAACAGUGGAAAGUAUUCGUGCUGUACGUGUGAAUGCAAAAAGCCUUAAGUCACCAGACACGCUUGGAAUGCAGAUGGAAAACCCUGAGCCGGUGCUUGAACCAGUCAAACUACAGCCCAAACAAGCGCUCAUCGAGAACCUGAGCACAGCUAUCGUAAAAUUCGAGCCAUCGCCCAUGAAUAAAUUGCUGUGGGACUUACAGGACAUCAAACGCGAACGGAGCUUUGACUUUCUGGCGAAAGUAAGAAGCGACUCGUGCGAGGUACCACUGCGCACGACUGUAACCCAGGGUAAUGUGUGCGACAGACUAUCGAUCAGAAAGAGACGUAAGUUUAACCCAGUCAUAAGCACCUCUGAUUUGCUUGCGGUUAGUCAAGUUGAUUCUGAGCAUGCGCACACUCCUAAGCCUCUGCUUGCAAUAGAGUGGCAGCCAGAACGAUCAAACCACGAGUCAUCAGUCAUACAAGAAAGUGAUCGUUCCGAAGACGAUGAAGGCGACGACAAGUGGUUUAUGAGACCCGCGUUACCUAUGUUCAGCGAUCUCUGUGAAAAGACCUCUCAGCUCUCCGCAAAAUUGGGGCACCAAAUCCCCAGGGCCGCAAUAUUCCUAUGGGCGCAGAUCCUGCAGCUGCUGUCCUGCAGCAAAAGGCUCCUCUCUCUGAAAAGUGCCGUGGAACAGGUUCGUCCCAACGCCAUCAUUCGUGAGCCUCCUCAGAGCCGCUUCUCGAGGAGUGUCUCUUGCAAGGAUUACUGUGAAGAGAGGGUACGCGCUUCAGUGGAAAAAAGGACCAAGCGACACGACACUAAGAAAAACUUGAAGCGCACUCACAGGGCUUUGACACAGAAGUACCUCAAUGACAACAACCGAAAAAGGGCCAUGGACUCUAAAAGGUUCCAAGGGGCUUGUGGGAGAAGGGGGUGUUAA